ACCGCGACGUCAAACCCAAGAACGUUCUGCUCUCUGCAUAUGAUGAGGCAAAGUUGGCAGAUUUUGGCUUGGCCUUAUACGUCGGGAGAAAGUUUUUCAGUGAACAGGAGAUGCCUCUAGCCGGCACACCAAGUUUCUGGGCGCCAGAGCUUAUCCUGGGAGUAGAAGGUCCGGUCCACGAAGUCGCAUUUGAUCCCUUCAAGACGGACGCGUACAGUUUCGGAGUGACCCUGCUUCUGAUGCUCUUGGGGGAGGACUGCGCUGAUGUCCAAGCUGACGAUGAUGACUGCACGUGGAUGAUUCCACGAAGUUGGCAAAACGAUGAUCAGCGGACUGCAGAGUUAACACAACAAGUGCAGCGUGGCCGUCUUUCUCCUGAGGCCCUGGAUUUGCUGGAGAAGGUCAUGACGCUUAGGCAGUCCAAGCGCAGCCGGCUGGCGAAUCCUGAGAUCAGGCAGCAUGACUUCUUCCUCAAGGCGCUGAAUUGCCAGGAUCUUGCUGCUCACUUGCUGGGUGAAGCUUCUCGCAGAUCUAUAAGCGUCCCAUCACCAGUCCGGAGAAGUCAGCCUUCGCAUCCGUGA